UCGCCCGCACCAUCGCCCAAAAGGACGUCCUCUCCGACGAAAGCCCCAGCCUGCCUGCCGGUCUCCUCGCGCUUCGACGAUGGCUAUCUUCAGAAAGUCAGGCAAACGCCUCCUGUUUGGGUUGGUUCUUUUGGUGAUGGUCCUCCUGGCGACCCGGUACAUCCCCACACGAACCGUGACACACAAGAUCACGAUCCAGGAGCAGGCUCCCACAACGAGAGACACAUACGAAGUGAAGGCUCCCGCAUAUGUCCUCAACACCACAGCCGAGCAGAAGAUUGCCAAGGCCAUGAACCUCAUCCGGCUUCUUGAGGCCUCGCAGUCGCAGACGCUGCAGGCCGCGAUCUCCACGUACCGGCUCAAGACCGGGCGUAACCCGCCCAAGCACUACGACAAGUGGUUUGCCUAUGCCAGGGAGAAACAAUGCCUGAUCGACAACUAUGACACCCUCCACAAAGACCUCGAGCCGUUUUUCAAGCUUCCCCCGCAGGAGUUUCGCGAUCGCAUCAAGAUGCUUGUCGAGGCAGGCGCUGCGCCCGAUGGCGAACACUCCUACCACUUUAUCCGAAUCAACCAAGGCGUUGUCACAGGACCCUCGGGCCGAGACAGCCCCGUCCCAGGCUGGAUGGGCGCAUGGCUCUCUCUGAUCGAAAAGCACGCGGCCGACAUCGACGACUUGGCUCUCGUCUUCAACCCGUAUGAUGAGCCCCGGGUUGUGUAUAACCACAAGCAAGCCAACGCUGUCCAAGAGGCACUGUAUUCGCCACUGGAGCGCGUCGACUGGCAUCGUCCCAGCGCCGAGGAACACUACGAAUGGCUGCUGGAACGCUGUCCUUACCGCGAAAGCCCGUUCAGCAAGCUUUUGAACAAGUAUCACGGAUUCACAAUCAACCCCGAUACGCGAGUUUACACCGAGUCCCUUGUUCCAAUCAUAUCCAACACCAAGUUGCGCCACUGCUUUGCCGAUAUCGUCGUGCCAUCCAACUACUACAUCACGUCGUCACUCGACACCCAGAGCGAAGUCGACACAAUUCCAUGGAGCGAAAAGAUCCCCAUGAUGUUCUGGCGCGGAUCCACGACAGGUGGCUCGCCCGUCAAUCUUGGCUAUGCAUUCUACCACCGACAUCGAUUGGUCAAGCUUGCCACAAACGACUCGCACAUGGAUAUUGCCUUCACUGAUCUGGUGCAGUGCGGAUACUUUUGCGAGCACAUGCGCCUGAACUAUCCCCUCGCUCCGUCGGUUCCCUUUUCCAACAACUUUAAGUACAAGUAUCUCAUCGACAUUGAUGGCAACACCUUCAGCCAGCGCUACAUGCCUUUCUUGCAGUCCAACUCGCUCGUCUUCAAGAUGACCAUCUUCCAGGAGUAUUUCGAUGGUUGGCUCGAGCCCUUUGUCCACUACAUCCCCAUCAACGUCGACCUCUCUGACCUCUCCGAGAAGCUGCAGUGGGCCAUCGACCAUGACGAAGAAGCCGAGCAGAUCGCCCUGAACUCCAAAUACUUCUCCAAACGCUUCCUGACGCUCGACCAGAUGGACUGCUACAUGUAUCUGAUGCUGUUGGAGCUCGCGCGGCUCUACAACCGCGCCGAUUGAUCUGCGCGACGACCCUCACCCCGCUAAUGAUGAGCCUCGUGGUACUUUGGGGUUGCUCUGUCGCGUUCUCUCGUUGCCAUUAUAAAGCCCGAUACCUUGUAUUGCGCUGUGUUCUGUCCUGUUGUGUUCCGCUUUCU